CCUCUCCCGCAGCGUCGCUCGGGGGUACGCUGGGCUUCUGCCGCCUGGAGCUGCCGCGAUGGGAGCGCCCUGGGCCUUGGCCGGGAUGGUGCUUUGCAGCCUGCUUGCCGCAACCCUCGUCUUGGCCGAUGAGGACUGCAAGUGGUACAUGGACAGAAAUGGCUCCUGGCACCCUGGUUUCGACUGCAACUUCCCCUCCUUCUGCUGUGGUGACUGUUAUCAACGUUACUGCUGUAUGGACCCCCGGAAACUCCUCACUGAGCGGCAGCAAAAGCACUGCAUGGCAUUUGGUCCCAGAACAAUCGCUGGCAUUGCUUCAGCCGUGAUACUCUUUGUGGCUAUCGUUGCCACCAUUGUCUGCUGCUUCCUGUGCUCCUGUUGCUACCUGUACCAGCGACGACAUCACAUUCAGACUCCCUAUCAAGGUCAGGAGAUUCCAUUGUCUGGCUACCCUGCUCACCCUCCAGGCCCUUACCCUAUGGAUCCCAAAGCAGGGCCAGCACCAUUUCACCCUGGAUAUACACCUGUGGUUCCCUAUCCCCCUACGGUUCCAGCUGCACAGUAUCCUCUCUACCCCUCUGGACCACCAUACUACAACCCCACAGCUCCCCCACCCUACCUACCUCCACAGCCGUCGCAGUUCAGUACUUGAGGAAGACUUUGCAAAGACUGUACAAUGAAAGCUAUUCUCUCUGGGCCUACCAGCUCCACAGAACUUGUAUGGAUGUCCUGCUGCACUGGAACUCCAGGCCAAGCUUCCGUAUUUGCCAGUUCCUUACUAAUUAUGUUUUGCUCUGCAUGGUAGGAAGCAUUCUGACUCUACUUCUUUGCCCUCCACCUUCCAACCCUUUCCUGGCUGUGUCACUGAGGGAAACUCCUAGACCUCCUCAUUUCUCACCAGGCUUCAGGAAAGGGCUAGUGCAAAGGCAGGCACACAAGUCUGGCAAAAAUGCCAUAAAUAUCCCUCUCCUGCGCAGCUGAGCCUCUUCAGUGGGAGGUAGAGAGGCAUCUGCUUCAAGGUGACAACGGAGAGCAAAGUGGAACACAGCCUUCUUUACACAGGGACUUUGGCCUACCAUGUUCCCUGACCAACAGGAGGAUCUAUUGUGCCCUCUGUUCAGAGUCCCUGAGUGAGGUUUUGUGCCCCGAGGAAGCCCCAGCUCAUUGGAAAGAUGGAUACAAGGCUGUCCAAAUACCCCACAAGCGUAAGGGCAUUUGGUGCUGUUAUAUACAGUUAAUCUAUGUGGAUGCCAGCCAGGGUCAGUGCUUGGAGGGGAAACUGUCUGAGAGCCCCAUAUGGCCUGCUUUGAGUUACCCAAAGGAAGCUGUAAGUGUAAUUAAUACAUUUAUAAGAGUCAGGAAGUGGGCCUGACAGGCACUUUUGUAAGAGACAAGAUGUGGUGGGCCUGUAUGGAGUAGCCAAGUGUUCUUGUGUACUAUUUAGCACAGGUUGGAGAAAGGGUCUGAGGAUUUUGAGGCCAAUUCCUUGUUUGACACUUCAUCUGCAAGCCUGAGGGCAUAUUUCCUAUGGAUAUUGCCUGGGGAAAAACAGUAGCAAAGGUCAUUUCCCCCAACACUAAAAAGCACUUGUGAAUCUCUCUUGUGCUGUCUGCAAUGUGUGAAUGUGGUUAACAAGGGAUACAGUGUGGAAGGGAAUCUAUUUUAAAAUUGUGCGUUCUAGCCAAUGUAGAUUUUAUAUUCAUAUUAUAGACCAAUCUAAGCAAGGAAGCAAGUCUCGUGUGCAAAAUUCCUGUUGUUUUCGUAUUGUGCCUUUAAAUUUAAGACACACUGAA